UAACAGAUGCAUUUUGUUCCGUCUCAGUAGAGGAAGUGUAUUAGUUAUUCUAAUUUGAUCUGGGAAGUGGGUUAGUUUUCGGUUAGGGACUUGCCUAAAUCUAACUGCUAUCUUCAGACUAGCUUGAUCUCUGAGGAGAUUUGCUGAAGAUGGCAGUGUAAGCAGACUUGUUUAGGUGUAGAAAUCUGUGCAGGAUUUUUUUUCUCUUCUUUCUGGGGUUGAACUGCAUUUUAAGGACUUAACUGUGUCCUUGGGUGGAGAACCGCUGAUCAGUGGCAUUGGGACAAAGACAGCUAUAGAUUUGUGUUAAAGGACAUUAGUGGUAUCUGGACUAAAGCAAAGUGUCAUGUAGGGUGCAGAGUGCCACCUAGUGUUCUUAACUAUAAUUGUCUUGGACCAAUAAAAGAGACGCAGCUGCUUAAGACUUGAGUAGAUGGAAUAUUUUGAAAGUGUUUCUCUAUUAAAUGAAGUUAAGCAAUUGACAUGAACUAAUUGGCCAACUGUCUCUCUCUUAGUUUAACCAGGUGAAAAAAUGGAAGUUGCCGUUCCAGAAGAGCCUCAGAAGAAAAUAUUCCGCGCUCGAAAAACCAUGAAGAUGAGCGAUCGCCAGCAGCUGGAGGUGCUGCAUAACACCUUGGUGACGGCGAACCCAAACUCCUCCUCCUCACGGCCCCAGACACCACUGGUGAACGGAACGCACGGGGAGGAUGGAGCGAAGGGGAAAGAGAAGGACAAGGAGACUGGGACGAAGUCUCCUGCCUCACCGUUGUCACGUGCUUCUCCAUCGCGCUCAGUCUCAAUCUCGCGAUCACCAUCUCCGACUGUCAGUGAAAAUCGAAACCCUUCACCUUCUCUGAAGAAAGGCUCUGAGAAGGGCAAAGGUGACGAGAAAGACCAGAAGGAUGAUAAGAAGGCCGAAGAAGUCAAAGCUGACCAGAUCGAUAUCACCAAAUCUGCACGCACCGGUUCUCCGUCAGUGUCUGACAAGAAGGCCGAGCAGAAAAAGACCGCAACAGACCAAGCGUUGAACGGCGAGCUGCCCAUGGAUACAGACAGCACUUCCCUUGACAACGGUUCAGCGGAGGACAAAAGCAGUAAGAGCAUCUCCUCCUCGUCUCCUUCCGGCUCUCCGGCCGCCAGCCUGGAGUGUGACCCGGAAGUGAAAGAGGGGUUUCUCUGCCUCAGUGAGGAAGAUGAGGGUCAGGGAGAGCAAGAUGAGGCGAAAGACAGAAACGAGGAGAAGAUGGAUGUGGAUCCUGAGAAAGAGGAGAAGAAAGAGGGAGAGAAAGGGUGUAAUGUGGCAGAUGGCACAGGCACCAGCACACCUUCUGGUAAAAAGAGGUCCUUGUCGCCAAUCGAGGGAAAAGAUGGAUGGAAAGAUGGGGAGAUCAAGGAGGAGAGAGAUGGAAAGAGAGCAAGGGUGGAGGGAGUGCAGUUGGAGGCUCAACUGGAGCUGAAGAUCACUGCCAACGCAGGAAGCCGUCUGAAACUGGAAAAGGUGGUGCAACAGUUGGUGGAGGAGCGCUUGCGUGUGCUGCAGAUGACUGUGUUUGACUGCAAUCUACAAGAGCUUAAGGACAGAAUGGAGAAGAUUGAUUCCACCACCAGGCAGCAGAAAACUGUCCAACAUACCCUACAGAGUAAGAUUGCACGACUUACCAAGAAGUUUGGAGCUGCUAACCAGGCGUCUGAGAAUUCCAAAAAAGCUCAAGAGGCUGCUGCUGCCGCUGCCAUUGCUGCAAAGCCUACUCCAACACCCACGACAACCCCAACAACUCAACGCACUAUAAGGACCACUGUGGACCCAAAGCUGCCCAAUCCUUCUGCAGCCGCAUCCAGUUCUACUGCUACUCCGACUCAGCCAAAACCUCUCUCCACUCCAAGUACACCGACCUCCUCGGCACUGGCUGCACCUGCGCCCAUCCUCCAGCUCAUAACCACAACGACAAACUCCACACCCUCCUCCUCCAGCUCUUCUCUGAGUGGCCAGGCCCAAGCAGGCACUCUACUGCUGCAGUCCCGCCCAAACACGGGUGGCAUGACAACCAACACAGCCACGUCAGCCGGCCAACCGAUGUCCAUCCAGCCUUUGCUGAUACAGCUGCCCCUGGCUAUGGCUAAUGGCCAGGGUGGAACCAUAGCUGGAGGAGUUGGCCUGAUUCCCGUGUCCUCCUUAGCCACGGUUACCAGCCUUAGCAAGGCCAAGACCACGACAGCCACCACUUUUAUCUUGCAGAAGACUGCAGGAAGUGUUGUGACAUCAUCCUCCUCUGCUCCCUCUUCCUUGACCUCAUCAGCGUCUUCGGCAGUGACGCAGAUGCCACCUAGUAGGCCAGUGUAUCAGGGUGGCACGGGCACAGCAAGCUCACCCAAUGCUGGCAUCUCUGUGACAACGGCCCGCGCCCCAACACAGUGCGCCACCGUCGUCGGAAUGGCCACCGCUUCAUCGUCCCCGGCGACCACAGGCCCUGCUGCAACAGGCUCGGCGGCAGCCGCAGCUGGUCCUCCAUCAGUCUCUGAGAUGGCAUCCAAAACAGAUAAUCAAGCCACUCAUUCUGCUCCAGCCAAAUCACCUGCUCAGCCUGCUCGUCCCAAGGGCUCGGUCAUUGACCUAACUGAGGAUGAUGAUGAUGUCCAAGUUACUGGUGUGCAGAAGGCUACUGCUCCUGCCAUUCCUACCAAUACCCAGCGACCCCCAGGGCCUCCAGCAUCACAAGUGAGCUCCACCUCUGUUGCAGGUCGCUCUGUAGCGCAGCAUCGACCCUCAGUGGACUCCCCCUCUAAAUCUCGCACAAGCUCUUCAUCCUCGGCUACUCUUCCGCAGUUGCCAGUAACCCCGCCCGCACCAGCUCGUCUGCCUCCAGAGGCAGCGCACACGUCUCCACCUCAGCAGCCUCAGCUGAAGCUUGCACGUGUGCAGAGUCAGAACGGCAUUGUGCUGUCAUGGUGCGUGUCUGAGACUGAGCGAAACUGUGCACCUGUGGACAGCUACCACCUCUACGCCUACCACCAGGACCAACAGAGUGCAUCGGCGGGAUCAUCCACACAGUCGCCCUCACACUCGCUGUGGAAGAAGAUUGGUGAAGUGAAGGCACUGCCGCUGCCCAUGGCCUGCACUCUCACCCAGUUUGUGUCCGGUUCUACGUAUUACUUUGCAGUCAGGGCCAAAGACGUGUACGGCCGCUUUGGGCUGUUCUGUGAGCCCCAGUGUACCGAUGUUAUCAACCCACAGUCUUAAGUUGAUGUAACGAAUUGUGUUAGUUAGCGAAGGAAAAAUGUGGAGUAGUCGUCAGAAAUAUCCAAACUGUGGGAGAGACUGAACUGCUAAUGAUGAAUCAGACUACUUGUUUAGUUAGGAAAUGUCCCCAGAAUUGGAUAGGAUGUUUAAAAUAGACACACAUACCCCGCAGAAACAGACUUGCACACCAGUCAGUAAUUUGACGCUAUUUUAAGGAAAAUGGGGAAUUGGCACUGGUUUGACUUGUGCCACAAAUGGUAUUUUCCACGUGUAGAAUGACUGUACAGUUAAGUGUUGAACCAAUAGGUCAGAUAUUUAUACAUCGUGUUUGGUCCGUUCCAAAUUUUUCAUUUUUCUUUUCUUUCUUUUUUUUUUUUUUUUAUUUUUUU